AUGUCGGGGCGGGGGCGGCGGGUCCGCGGGCGGCGCGGGCCGGGCACGGGGACUCGGACCCCGACACGGACCCCGACCCCGGAGCGGCCGCGGGCGGGGCCGGCCGGCGGCUCCCCGAGGCCCGGCCGGUUCUGCCCGCAGUGCGGGCGCGCCGUGGAGCCCGCGUUCCGCUUCUGCCCGGCCUGCGGCGGGAGGCUGCCCGAGCUGCCCGAGGAGCGCGCCGAGCGCCUGAGCCCUGCCCCGCCGGCCGCCCCCAGCCCUGCCGCGUCCUCCCCGCGGGCGGCCCGGCCUGGGCCCCGCUCGCCCCGCAAGCCCCGGCCCGGCCCGGCCGCGCCGCUCCCCGCGGACACGGUGCUGGCGGACCAGGGCGGGCGGCGCUGGCGGCUGCUGCGGCUGCUGGAGCAGGGCGGCUGCGGGCUGGUGUACGAAGCACAGUCAGCAUCUGGAACCUGCCCUCAAAAGCAAAGCUUCUCCCUCAAACUUGAUGCCAAAGAUGGGAGGAUAUACAAUGAACAGAAUUUCUUCCAGCGAGCUGCCAAAGCAGGCACAGUGGAGAAGUGGAAGAAGUGGCACUCUGUGCCUUUGCUGGGCAUUCCCAAUUGCGUUGGCUUUGGACUGCAUGGAGACAGCUACAGGUUUUUGGUGUUCUCUGACUUGGGGCGAACUCUUCAGUCGGUGCUGAGUGAUGGCUUGAACCUGCUGAGGGAGAAGGCAGCAUUCCAGGUUGCAGUCCGGCUGCUAGACUGCCUGGAGUACAUCCAUGAGAAUGAGUAUGUGCACGGGGACAUCACUGCUGAGAACAUCUACCUGAACCCAGCAGACCUCGCCCAGGUGACCCUGGCAGGCUAUGGCUUCGCAUUCCGGUACUGCCCCGGCGGGAAGCACGUGGCUCGGCGGGAGGGCAGCAGGACCCCUCAUGAGGGCACCCUGGAGUUCAUCAGCCUGGACAGCCACAAAGGUGCAGGACCAUCUCGCCGGAGUGACUUGGAAUCUCUGGGCUACUGUCUUGUAAAAUGGCUCUGUGGCUUCUUGCCUUGGUCUAACGUGCUGGACAGAGUAGAAACUGUGGUGGAGCAGAAGGAAAGGUACAGAGAGGAUGUGAAAUGCCUUCUGCGACUGUGCUUCGGGCACAGAUCCAUUCCAGAGGCCCUGCAGAGAUACCUGGAGCAGGUGAUGGCUCUGGAGUACGAGGAGAAGCCUGACUACGAGGCCCUGCGGCAGCUCUUCAAGAAGGCACUGGAAAAGAUGAAAUCUUCAGCCUAUGACUCUGUGGAUGUCCCAUUGGUGCCCUAGAUCAAGAGAACUUGCACAGGAAGAGUUCAGAGCUUUCUGCAGUGAGGCCUUUCCCACAGAUAUUUUUACUUUUACCAGUUUUAGAACGAGAGAGGUUUUUAUAAGUGCUUUCUUCCCAUUUUAAUGUGACCCAGUGCUGAAGUUGGAGGUGCUGCUGUAUCAAGUUAAUGUGAAGACACUCCUGCCUGGCAAGCCAGGGGAAGCAGUAGCUGGAGAAUUGCAAUGGAGCCACAGGGAGCAGGGAAAUUUAAUCAGGGACUUUUUUUAACUGGAGUGGAAGAACAUAGUUUUGUAAUAAACGUUGUGGACAAGC